AUGAAUAGAGAAGAAAACUCAGAUUCCAUCCCUAAUGAUAUCAUUCUUGAGAUACUCUCCAGGUUGCCUAUAAAUUCAAUCGAGAGGUUUCGUUGCGUGUCAAAGCUAUGGGGAUCCAUGCUUCACAAGCCAUAUUUCAACGAGUUAUUCUUGACCAGGUCCUUGGCUCGUCCACGUCUCUUAAUUGGGGUCCGGCAACACCGUGAGUGGAGCUUCUUCUUGGCGCCUCAGCCUCAUAAUCAUUAUGGGAAGCCUUUGUCUCUUGUAGUAGCAGCCGAUUUUCAUAUCAAGUGCUCCUUAGACAAUAGCCUCGCUAUGUGUAGAUAUGCCUCUGGUUUGCUCUAUUUCCCAAGUUUGCAGCUCUCGUGUAAGGAUGAGGAUGGAGCGGGUGUCAUAUGUAACCCUAUAACGGGACAGUUUGAGAUCUUACAUCGUUUGAGAUUAGGAACUGGCCAUCGUCGUACCUGUGUCCAAAGAGGUCCCAUCACGUCCAGAGACCAUAGUGGUGGCCUUAUAGGGUUUGAUCCAAUUGGGGGGCAAUUCAAGGUAUUGUCCAUGAACAAUACAGUUAACAAUAAAAUGGCUCGUUAUAUCCUGACAUUAGGAACUGAAAAAGAGAGAUGGAGGAAGAUCCAAUGUCCCUAUAACGAGGAUGAUCGGAAUGGAGGGGUAUGCAUCAAUGGAAUUUUGUAUUUCACAGUGUACGACUGUGAUACUCGAUCACAUCUUAUAGCUUGUUUCGAUGUUAGGUUUGAGAAGUUUAAGUUUCUAGAUAUAUGCUGCCAAUAUGGUUUGUGUACUACACUGAUAAACUAUGAGGGUAAAUUAGGUGUGAUUAAGUGGAAGUGUGCUGAGGAUGGUGGAUUUCCCCUAGAAUUAUGUAUGUGGGUUCUAGAGGAUCUCGAGAAACAGGAAUGGUCGAAAUUUGCCUACACUUUGAAGGCUGACAAUAAAGUUGUUCAGGUUGACGACUACAAUCUUUCUGUUGUUGGGGUGACUGCUUCAGGUGACAUUGUUUUGAUCAAGGAAACUGCAUUCAAACCUUUUUAUGUUUUCUACUUCAAUCCCGAAAGGAACCAUCUUCUUAGUGUUGAAAUCCAAGGUCUUGGAGAAGACCAUGAUUGGAGUAAGUAUCAUGCAGUUUGCGCUUUUGUAGACUAUGUGGAGGAUCUUCAGUUUAAUAUUAUGCAGGCAACAUCUCUAAACCCACUAGAACAGAAUCAUAGACCCAGGAGCACAUCCACAUUAUCUAGAGAAGAUCUUCAAGUGAGGACCGUUUCUCAGCUGGGACAAGAUCGUCGUACGUUGGAUUCAUUUCAAAAAUGA